AAUUCGCGGACCGGCACGAGUUUUCGGAGUCCGACCAAGAGCUCAUCGUCGUCCACGACAUGCAACGGCAGUUUUGCGUACAGGCCCUGUCGUUCAUGCGUUCCUAUGCUACCAGGUAUCCGCGACCGAAACCAGGAACGUCGGAAAGACCGCCAUAUCGCGCUCCAGAUCCUUUGGUAAACAAUCCCAAGGCCGCUGUGACUACCCUUCCCGACGAAGAACUCACUUUCAUCCAUCGCCCCCCACCUACGUCGCCUUCACCAUUUUCGUUGACCACAAACCCGGCUUCACCUCUUCUUCGACCUAGAACCAAGCCUACGGAUAAUGCUCUACCUCCACUAUCUCGUCCAAAUGAGAGACUCCAACCUGAACGUGUAUCUGAGGCUGAUAUAGAAAAAAUCAAGAAGCUCAGGAGAGGAAAUCCUGAAAAAUAUAGUCGGGGCACUCUGGCGAAGAUGUUCGGCUGUACGCAGACCUUUGUCGGCCUCGUUGCUGCUCUUAAGAGCUCGAAACGCAAAUCCUUGCUGAAGAAACGGGAGGCAGGUCACCAGCUGGAGAGAGAAAAAUGGAGCGAAAGACAUGCAUUGGUGAAGGCCAUUCGUGCAAAGAGACGAGAGUUGUGGUGAUACUGGGAUCGUUAUGUCCCAUGGCUACACAAGAGACUGACGAAGGCGGGGGAAUGGAAGGAACGGUGAAAUCAGGGUGACCAUAUCGCGGCACUUCAGUUCUAUUACUUUAGAUAUAUUGCUUUGGACGUAUACAUGAAUGCUCCUCUGUUCUUGUGGUUGUGUCACAAAUGUUGCAAAUGUUGUGA